AUGGACUCGUACACGUCGUCCUACCGGGACUCGUCGGCGCGGUCUCCCAACGACCGAACCUGGGGCCGCGACGACCGAGAGGACCGGGGUGACCGAGGCGACAACUUUUACCGUGCCAGAUCACCCGGUAUAGACCACCGCCGCAUCCACCCGUGGCUCGCCGAGCUUGAACUAACUUUCCCCCGCGAUGCAGGUAACGAUCGACGAGAACGCCGGCGCUCUCGUUCCCCGGGACCUGUCGACCGUUACGAACCCCGAUCUCGCCGCGAUGACCGCGACAGAGACGAUCGACGCCGCAUUGCCGAGCCACCCGCAAACAUCGAUCGCUACGUCCCGGGUCAGGACACCUCGACUCCUGCCAUCACCAUGAACCCUUUGACCGACCCUGCCCGGCUUCCCUAUCAGGUUGGGUUCUCCUACUUUGGCGAAUGGUGGAGGAUGAAUGAACGGAUCAAGGACGAGAAGGAACGAGCCCGAACUGGUCGCAGAAGGGAACCUGAACGCCCCCGGGGCACCCGCGAGGCGCAGGAAGAGCGCGACAAAGAAAAGGCCAAGAUCCAAGCCGCCUACGACGCCUACAAGGAGGAGCUCCAAGCCAAGAUGGCACGGCAAUUUGUCUCUGAACACAAGAAGGAGCAAUGGUUCAGAGAGAGAUAUGUCGCCGAGGUCAAGGACGAGCUCCGGGCCAAACUCAACGAAAUGCGCCGAGGUGCCUACAGUCAAUGGGAGCAGGAUCUCGAGUCUGGCACGUUCGACAACUUUUCACUUGAAGGCCUCCCGAAGAGCGAGAGCAACGGCGCUGGUGGCGUUGUGGAGAAGGAGGAGGGCGAAGCCACCGCCAGUAAUGAGAUCCUCGGUGUCGGCGACCUUGUGCCUGCCAGCGGUGCCGACAUUCGCGACGAGAACCAGUUCCAGCCGACGCUGCUCAUCAAGACCAUCGCUCCUCACGUCAGUCGCCAUAAUCUGGAAGUGUUUUGCAAGGAGAAUCUGGGCGAAGAAGAGGGCGGAUUCAAAUGGCUCUCACUCUCGGACCCCAACCCCAGCAAGCGCUACCACAGAAUUGGCUGGGUGAUGCUGCAUCCUUCGUCCGAAACCGCGAUUCCCGCCGAUCGGGCCGACUUCAAGGACGAGGACGGCGACGAGACGAUAAAAUCGCCUCAGCCGGUAUCCACGGCAGAGAAGGCGUUGGACGCCGUCAACGGGAAGACGGUUAAGGACGAGGUCCGCGGUGAUUUUGUCUGCCACGUCGGAGUUCAUAAUCCUCCCUCGAACCCGAGAAAGAAGGCCCUCUGGGACCUGUUCUCGGCGCCCGAGCGCAUCGAGAAGGAUUUGCUUCUGGUCCAGAGGCUGGUCAACAAAUUUGAAGAGGACUUUGGGUCCGAUUUCUCGGCCGUCCUCAAGGUUGAGGAGAAAACGGAGGAGCUUCGGCAGUCCGGAAACCUCAAGCCUGCUGCAUCUGCCCAGGCUCCCAAAAAGGCCAAGAAAGCGCGGGACAUGGACGUCGCCAUGGACGACGAGGACGGUAUGGUCGACGAGGAGGAGGAAGAGGAUGGUGCCAUCGACGACGACGAGACAGACGACGAAGACCUUCUUAUUAAAAAGAAGCAGCUCGAUCUUCUGACCGAGUACCUUCGUCGGGUUUUCAACUUUUGCUUCUUCUGCGUCUUCGAGAGCGACUCCAUCCAUGAGCUCACUCGGAAAUGCCCAGGCGGUCACCUCCGCCGACCUCGAAGCACGCUCUCCUCGACGGCGAGGGAAGUGGCCAGAGCCAGUGCCAACGGCGAUCCGUUCCCUGACAAGAAGCGCACAGAACCCGGCGAAGAGGGCGAGGCAGACGCCCCAGAGGGCGAAAAGAAGUUCCGCAACACAUCAACGAAGACUGAACAGCAACUUCUCAGGGCCUACAACUGGGUGAAGACUUUUGAGGACAAGCUCACACAGAUACUGGAUCCGCUGUCCGUCAACCUAAGGAAGUUGGGAGGGCGGCCGGUCGACGAAGCCGUUGACGAGGAAUGCGCCAAAUUCGUGAAGCAGGAAGACGAGCAUAAGUGGCGAUGCAAGGUCCCCGAGUGUACCAAACUGUUCAAGGAAGAGCACUUCUGGAAGAAGCACGUCGAAAAGAGGCACGCAGAGUGGCUGGACGCGAUGAGGAAUGAGUUCGAGCUCAUCAACUCCUACGUCAUCGACCCUUCUCAUAUUGCUCCGUCGAGGACUGACCCCAACUCCAACGGCCACUUUCCGACGCCCAACGGUCAAUCGGCCGCCGGAACUCCAAGAGGAUUCAACCUUCAAAACUUCUCUGUCAACGGCGUCAUGGGGAUGCCCGGCUUCCCAAUGCCUCCAGGCGGCUUCCCGCCCAUGUUCGCCGGCAUGCAAGGCGCGGGAGGAUGGAACGCUGCGGGCGAUGAUCGCUCGGGCGGCCCGAUACGUCGAGGUGGCAUGGGCGGCGGCCGGGGACAGUUUCGGUCUGGCCCAUACGACAGGCGAGGAGGCAAUCGCUGGGACGGCGGCCGCAACAGAGUGGGCGGGUCUCGGUGGGGAGACGGUGCCGGCGGCGCAGCCGGAGGACCACGAGAGGCUGUCCAAGGCCGGAGCUUGAAGAGUUACGAGGAUCUCGACCAGGUGUCUGGCGGCGGGGGCGGCGAGCUCAACUAUUAG